AUGGUGCGGUCCCAGUCUCGACCAUUCAGCUCAGGGAAGCGAGGUGUCGGACAACAACAGCAGCAGCAGCAACAGAAGCAGCAACAGCAACAAAAACAACAGGUCCAACCUCAGAAGCAGCAACAACAACAACAUCAAGAGCAACAGCAACAGCAACGGCAACAGCAACCGACGCUGACUGAGCAGAAGGACAAAGUAGUGGCACUUAGUUCCUCGUCUAGUGAUGUUUCCGUGAGUGCGGUCACUGAGUACAAAACCGGAGAGGAAACGGCAUCGUCCCCGCAACCCUCUCCAGGGAUAGUAAAUCACGCAGAAGGACCACAAAAUUGGCGGGAACAACUCUUUCUGCGUAACUUUCCAACAGGUGAGACGGCACAACAACAUGCGAAGGGGCACUCUCCUAAGAGAAGGAAGAGUGCGAACAGUUUCUCCACUAUCGGUAGAAGAGGUUCGUUUGUGCUGAGUCAUACCGUUACACCUCGUAAAAAGCCUUUAGAGUCUCAAGAAGAACAGCUUGAGACAUAUCGGUCACUGCAGGAUCGGCAGUUCGUCUCGGUCCACGAGGAGCUGCAGCACCUUCGGGUCAUGUACACCAAUUUGCAGAAGGUGGUUUCGCGAAAAAAUGAAGAAAUUGAAAAACUACAUCAGGAGGUGCUCACUAAGACGAAAGAGAUUGAGCGGUUAACCGGGCUGGUUGACAAAUUGAGCAAACGCCGGGGUAAUUCCACUGGCUCAGCCUUAGAUGAAGGUAGAGCAGCAAGUGCACGAGGGAGUAGGCCUAGUUUCUCGCCAUCACUGGCGCUCUAUGCAAAGGGCGCAUCGGAGGACAAGCUCAGUAAUAAGGUCAACGGGGCAGGCGGGGCCCCAGCCAAGAUGUUGUUGGAACUCCGCCAAAAUGUUGCAUCUCGCGACACAAUUAUUGAUAAUCUCCGUAUGGAGCUCCACUCAGCACAGCAUGAAAAGAAGGAAUCAGAAAGUAAAGCAAAUAAACUGGGGACCGAGUUGGAAGACGCGAAGGCACAAGUUACCAAACUUCGAUCUGAUUUAACUACGCGGGACGCUGUCAUUGAGGAUAUGCAGAGGCGCCUUGUGUCCUUACCUGAAACAACCGUGGGUUCUAGUUCUCAGGGGCUUUACAGGACCCCCAACAGUAGCAACAAUUCAGGUCCACCAACGAAACAACCGAUGCUUCACGAACUUGGCGGAAACUGCCUUGCUUCCAAUGGUGCCUUGGAGCACAUGCGUCACGAUUCGCAGCAGUUGGGUGGUGCCGGUACCUUACCCUACAAAUCAGCGUUGUGUCCGGGGACCCAACAUCAGGAUUUGGAAAGUGCCUUUCGACUGGAGUUAGAACACCUCCGGCGAUGCUUAGAGCGCGAGAAGGACACGAAUAGUGAGUUGGAGAAACACUGGCGUCGACGGCAGGAAGUUGAAAAAAGGAUGGCGGAAGUAGAGCUCAACACGGCGCGCGCAGAGGCCGAGGCGUUUAGACGUGAGCUAACACGACUUCAGCAACAACAAGCUAUGUCCAAUUUCGCAGAGAAUCAGUUGCAAACAGCACGCAGUGAAAACGACGUUCUGCAGCAGCGCGUACAAGAACUUAGAGAGGAAAACGCAGCGCAAGCCUCACGUGAGAUGGAACUUCGAAACAAUGUGCGGUUGCUUCGUGAGACGUGCGAGCGGCAUGAAGAGGAGGUGGAGACGCUUCACCGUCGAAUGAAGGUGAUGAAGGACAAUGAAAUUCGUUUACAGGAAGAUAUAGACAUACUGGAAGAAAAGCUUUCGCGUGCAGAAAGAAUGCGUGCAGCGGAGCAAAACGGAAACAACUCCCUCUCUUGUGACAUUGGCAGUUACGUUUCACUAAUGUCAUUAAAUGAAAAACUUCAGCGAAGAACAGAGGAGCUGGAAGAGCAAAUUCGUAAAAUGGAAGAGUGCCAUGCAGCAACACCCCACGAUGAUUUUAAAAAGGAAUGUGGCCAGGAACAUGUGUUUACAACGCCUGAUGUGGAAGCUGGUGCGAUUGGAGGAAUAUCGCCGGCAAGUUUAGACUCUCAAGGAGGGGUUAUUGAAUUCCUCACGCCACCGGUUUCAACCGGUGGUGGGGACGCGGCAGCAUGCUCCACGCACGAAGCAGGAGAUUCAAUGAUUUGCAACGGUCAAGCAGUAGGUGGCUCGAGGAAGUCGGUGAAUAACCUUCCACUCGAGGUGAAAGAAACUACUGACGUUUCCACUGUGGUGCAGCAGCUGCAGGACGAGCUGCAAGGUGUCCGCGAUCGACUUCGGGUAACUGAAUCUGAACUCGCGAUGCUGCGGGAAAAGCAGGCGCUAAGUGAGGAACGUGUACGGGAAACAGUGAAGCGGAAGGUUACAUCCCUUCGUGCUGCCAGAGAGGAAGCAGCUCGCUGCUGGGAAAUGUUGAGGCAGCAAGAAGUUUUAGUCAAGAGAUUGCAGAAACAAUGUGAGUAUCAGCGGGAGAUAAUAGAAUCUCGUGAUCCGCCGUUGUUAGGACCGAUGCGGCUAUCAACACAAGCCUCGGCUCCAACGGUAUGCGCACCAACUACGUGCAUUGAGACAAAGGAUGGUAAUACUGCGAAUGAAACGUCACGGGAGGACAAGUUAAUAGAGGAGGCACUGCGUUGGGAAUCAAUGAGGUUGGAUGAGGAGAUGAAGUUGCUUCGUCAGAAACUUCGCCGGACCGUAGAGGAGCGUGACCACUGGAAGAAUUUGGCAACUGGAAAUAGCGGGGAAAUCAUUUGA